AUGUCCGACGAGGUGUACGACGCGGACGGCGACAUCAGCCGCUACCUGCAGACCCCGUCGCUGGAUUCUCAUGUGCUCGCAGUGCCUGACGGUGAGCCCGUGGCAACGCACGUCGGGGCGCCACAACAUGUGCCGCCCGUUCAAGGGGGCGUGGCCUUACCAACGGCACCGCCGCCGCCGCUGAACAUGUCUAUGGCGUUCGGCAACGACGACGAUGUCCAGAACCACGGGAUGACAAAAUAG